UGGGUUCUAACGAAAUCAAAUGGAAGCCAGAAACCAUCUGCACUGACCUGUUCUCAGAGUAUCCUGGAUUAGAGGAUUUAAUGAAAAAACAAAUCCAUGCACUUAACAAAGGAGUACUGAUAUUUUCAAGGAGUUGGGCUGUUGAAAUUGGUUUGUGGAAAAAACAAGAUAUUGUGUGUGAUGUUCUCUUAGUAGCUGAAAAUACAUAUCCAAUACUGUAUACUGUAGUCAAGGACGCUUCUUCUGCUGAGUCUGAAACCUCAAGAGAAACUGCUUAUGCAUUAAAGCAGAAACUAGUCAAUGAUGGGGGAUAUGCUUCAAAAGUGUGUGUGAUUCCCCAAAUACUGCACCUGAGUGGCACAAAGAACCAGACAGACAUUCCAGAGGAUGACGUUCCCCAGCAAGAAAACCAAGAAAACCCAUGUGAUUAUGCCAGCGUGUACCCGGAGAAUUACAUCCUCACCUCCAGGGACAUCCCCGCAUUCCUGAGUGCACUUGUGAUUGUUGUGCUGCGCUUUAAGUCCUACUUAAGUGACCAUCUUGGCUGUGAGAUUUUUAACCUUCUCACUCUCAAACAGUAUGAGCUGCUCUCCAAGAACCUGCACAAAGCCAAGGAGCAGUUUGUCCUUGGUCUUCCUGGAACAGGGAAAACAAUCGUGGCUUUGAAGAUCAUUGAGAGAAUAAGAAACAUUUUUCACUGUUCUGCAGAAGAGAUACUCUACAUCUGUGAAAAUCAACCCUUGAAGAAGUUUGUGGGAAAUGAGAUCUGCCGGUCUGUGACACGUGUUGCCUUCUUAAAUGGGAACUUCCCAGAAGUGAAACACAUUGUGGUUGAUGAAGCUCAGAAUUUUCGUCCUGAAGAAAACUGGCACCAAUGUGCCCGGGAGCUAGUCAAGAAAAACAAUGGCAUUUUCUGGGUCUUCCUGGAUUUCUUCCAGUCUACUCACCCCUAUGGUUGUGGUCUUAAGUUUUCAGAACUAUAUCCUCAGGAAUGGUUGACCAAAGUGGUCCGUAAUGCCAAGCAAAUAUACAAUGUCAUGUUUAAUCUAAUGGAGGAAAUCCUCCAAGAACGUAAGACAGCUAUGCCCUAUGAGGUGCUAAGAGAGUUGUUUAAACAGGCUGAAUGUGCCCAUUCUUUGUCAGGCGACUACAUAAUGAAAAAAAAUAUGGAAACAUUUGAAAUGGCAGAGUACGUGGCCAGGCAGUGCAACAGCUACAUCCAGCAAGGCUAUCCCAUCAAAGAUAUUGCAGUCCUGUGCAGUACACAGCAUGCAGCCCAGGUGUUCCGUCAGAUAUUGGAACCUGAGCUAAAAAGACAAAUGCGGAAAUGCAGGGUGAGGUUGGUCUUGGGGCUAGCAGAGAAUGUUUUAGAAAAUGUCAUUGUUCUUGACAGCAUCCGACGCUUCUCAGGCCUAGAAAGGAGGAUUGUGUUUGGCAUCCAUCCUGUCCCUGCACAGGAGGAAAUAUCUCUCAAUCUUUUGCUCUGCGUGGCAUCCAGAGCCCACACCAAACUCCAUUUGCU